UUAUCAAAUUUUAUCAGAAGUAAAGAAACUGAGAUAAGAUGUUAUCAAAUAGGAUGUGCCUGUCGUCAUUGACAUUUUUGAAACAAAACAAAUUAAAACUGAACACAAGACUGAUAUCAGACUUUGUGAAAAUAGUGGAAGUUGGACCACGAGAUGGUCUUCAAAAUGAACCAAAUAUUGUUCCUACAGAGACGAAAAUAAAGCUUAUUAACGAGCUCUCAGAAACAGGACUUUCGGUUGUCGAAGCAACAAGUUUUGUUUCGCCAAAAUGGGUCCCACAAAUGGCUGACCACAAUGAAGUCAUGAGGGGUAUCACGAAAAAGAAUGGAGUGAAUUACCCAGUUCUGACCCCUAAUUUGAAGGGGUCUCAAUCAGCAAUAUCCGCGGGAGCUAAAGAGGUCGCAAUUUUUGGUGCAGCGUCGGAAGCGUUCAGUCUAAAGAAUAUCAACUGCUCUAUCGAAGAAAGUCUGGGAAGAUUCAAAUCUGUAUUGGAAGCAGCGAAAAAUCAAAAUGUGCCAGUGAGAGGAUAUGUGUCUUGUGUAUUAGGCUGCCCUUACCAAGGGAAAGUACCCACUGGGGAGGUGGUAAAAGUGGCCCUAAAAAUGAUCGAAAUGGGAUGCUAUGAAAUAUCUCUUGGUGAUACAAUCGGUGUUGGUACAGCAAUAAAAAUGAAAGAGCUUCUAAAACAUGUUCUAUCUGAAAUAGCUUCUGAAAAAAUUGCUGUGCAUUGCCAUGAUACAUAUGGACAGGCACUUGGUAACAUUGUGGCGGCUUUAGACCAAGAUAUAAGAAUUGUAGACUCCUCUGUAGCUGGCUUGGGAGGUUGCCCUUAUGCGAAAGGGGCAUCUGGCAAUGUUGCCAGCGAGGAAGUCGUUUAUAUGUUGCAUGGGUCUGGCAUAGAUACUGGGAUUGAUUUGGAUAAAUUAGUUGAUGUUGGCUCCUUCAUAAGUAAUGCACUUGGAAGAAAAAACUCUUCUAAAGCAGGAGUUGCUAUUCUAAUGAAUCGAGAUAAAAAGUGAUAUAUUUUUUCAUUUAGAAUAAUUUCUUAUAUAUUGCACUUUUAAUUGAAAUAAAUAUCGAAUUAUGAAUUUA